ACUGCGGCAUACGCGCAGUGCAAAUAAUUCAAUCGGCAAGUUAUCUCCGCCUGAGCGCAUGCAGUCAAGUUUUGAAGCCCAGAUAAGUGACUGUUAACAACAUUUGUUGUUUAUCCUUUCGCUGUAUGUAAACGUGUGGUGUAUGUAUAAAAAGACUGUGGCUGUGGCCUGUGGAACUCCUCCAAGACCAAUCAUGAUGCAGCCAGAUCUCCGGAUUGUUCUAGAAAGAGUAAAGAGAAAAAAUAUUAAUGUGAAUGAAAUAUCUCACAAUACGCCGAAGGCCAAGAAACCAUGUCUAACUGCAGGAAAAAUUCAAAAUUUGGAGGCAAAGUUAACAAUUAAUUUGGUGACGAAACUAAAAAAGAAGUAUAUGAAAAGAAUUGCUGAAAAACGAAAGAGAAGUUGUCGCGGUGUUCAAAAGCCGAAUAAAUCGUUGUGGGACGCCAAAGUCAAGAUAUGCCCGCUGAACGUUCAUGAGAUAAUGAAUCUUGGUAACGUCAGAAACGACCAGCAGAGUCAAAGGAAAUGUUUCGAUGAUGAUGCGGUUGAAGAAUGUACUAUGUUGGCUGAUCCGAAACUGUCUCUGUUUACUGAUGAGGAGGAAAUGUGUGGAAGUUAUGAGGUUGACACACCACAGCACAGGAUAACACAAUUCAGUGUGUAUGACAAGAGAAACCAUCUUUGUCCUUUUGAUACUGGUUUAAUCGAGAAAAGCAAGAAGUUAUUUUUAUCAGGAUAUGUAAAACCAAUCUAUGAUGAUAACUGUGAUGCCAAUGGUGGAAUACCUACAAAAGAUAUUGGUCCUAUAGAGGAGUGGUGGAUAACAGGGUUCGAUGGGGGUAAUGAUGUGAUCAUCGGUUUAUCCACUGAAUUAGCAGAAUACGUGUUAAUGGCGCCAUCUGAAGAAUACAGUUUUAUUAUGGACGCCACGAUGGAAAAGGCAUACAUUAGCAAGAUUGUUAUUGAAUUUAUCCUUGAGAAUCCUGAAACAAGCUACGAAAAUCUACUCAACACGAUUCAGACAUCUGUACUCCCAAAUAGAAAUACCACUAUAACAGAACAUAUGCUCUUUAAGAACGCCCAGUUUCUUGUUGAACAGGUUGAGAAUUUUGACUCGUUUGGGAAUGAUUACGACCUGCCUCUUUUAACAACGCCGUGUAUGAAAGAUCUGAUUAAGUUAUCUGGUGUUACCCUAGAAAAAAGCAUAAAAGGCGUCGGUAGAGAGACAACAAAGCGAAAAAAGGAGAAAGAAACAACAAAAGCAACGACAACACCAUUGGUUCGUCACGUUUUCGACAUAUUUUUUCGAAAGGAGAUCGAAGAAAAAUCGGAUUCCCCUGUUAAACGUCGAGGAAGAUGUAACGUCUGCAGGACUUGUCAGAAACCUGACUGUGGAAAAUGCAAGGAAUGCAGAAAUAUGAAGAAAUUUGGUGGAACAGGACUAGAAGUUCAACAAGGUUGUAUAAACCGAAGGUGUGAAAAUAUCGCCACCGAAGAAACGAACGAUUGUGCCGAUAAAGCUAAUCAAGAUGUUGAAGUACUUUCGAAAAACGUGAAGUGGAUUGGCGAUCCGAUCAGAAGCAUUGGCGAAAAGAAAUUUUAUCCCAGUGCUAAAGUCGAAAACGAACUGGUAAAAAUAGGCGAAUUUGUCAAAUUAUGUCCAAACGAACCUUCUGUGCCGCUGUAUAUUUGCAAGAUCAUUGAAAUGUGGGAGGAUCGAGAAGGAGAGAAAAUGUUUCAUGGACGUUGGAUGAGCCGGACUACCGAUACCGUGCUUGGAAACACUGGCGACCCCAGGGAGUUAUUUUUAGUCGAUCAAUGCGAGGACAACCCAUUAGGAUCAAUCAUGGCUAAGUGUACUGUUAUUUAUAAGCCCCAAGGUGAAGAACAGAUCGACUAUACACGGCACGAGGACGAUGGAGAUAUUUUCUUUUAUCAAAUGUGGUACGAUGAAAGACAAGCAAGAUUUGAACAGCACUUGGAAGACUACCACAAGAGAAGUGAAGAGGAAGUGGGUUGUAUCAGUUGUUUGAGACAAAACCGAAAUCGCGAGCUGGAGGCCUUACGAAUUGAAGAAACUACAUCGUGCAGUUCGUUCCAUGUUCGUGGCGAAUUUUACGAAAUCGGGGAUAAUAUUUACCUUUCUCCGGAAGCUUUCGACUUCAAACUCGAGCCCGCCAAAUGUAGCAAAAUUGACAAAAAUGCCCAAGAUAAGAAUGUCGAUGAUGACAAGAUGUACCCGGAGUAUUAUCGCAAGCAUUCAAGACGUAAUCCUGAUGCUCCUGAACCUUUCAGAAUUGCUGAAAUUCUCGCCAUAUUAGCAGAAACAAAUGUAGCUGCUACAAAGCUAAAAGUUCGCAAGUUUUACAGACCAGAAAACACUCAUAUGGGCGUCGAAUUUGCUCGCCAAAAGGAAAAUAAUCUACUUUACUGGAGUUCGGAAGAAGCAAUUGUUGACAUCAAUUAUUUGAUGGGAAAAUGCACAGUUUCGUACCAGGCUGAUCAGGACAACGAUGAAUGUAAAUAUCUAUAUACCUCACAAGAACCGGACAGAUUCUAUUUUACAGAGGCCUAUGAUUCUGAAAAACGGGAAUUUCAAGAUAUACCUAUUAAAGCAAGAAAAAUGUCUGACACAAGGAAGAUGUCAGUGGAAAUAAUCAAGUCAAUAUCUGCCUUUUUGAUCCAGGAUAAAGUUCAAGAAAAAUCUCAAAAGGAAUUAAAAACAUUUGACAUUUUCUCGGGAUGCGGAGGUUUAUCCGAAGGGCUUUAUCAAGCUGGCGUUGCUGACCCAUGCUGGGGGGUUGAAAAAGAUGAACAUGCAGCUUUGUCGUAUCAAAAAAAUAACCAGGGUGCCACGGUAUUCGUUGAAGAUGCAAACCAACUAUUAACACUUAUUAUGGAGGGUGUUUCAGAGAACUCACAAGGUCAACAGCUACCAAAGAAAGGAGAUGUCGAAUUACUUUGUGGUGGUCCGCCAUGUCAAGGUUUUAGUGGAAUGAAUCGCUUCAGUGACAGAGAGAAAUCAUCUCUAAAGAAUUCUCUUGUGGCUACUUACCUCAGUUACUGCGACUAUUAUCGUCCGAGAUUCUUCAUUCUGGAGAACGUUCGCACCUUCUUCUCCUUCAAGAAAAGCAUGAUGUUAAAACUUACCUUGAGGUGCCUCCUGAUGAUGGGUUAUCAGUGUACGUUUGGUAUUCUUCAAGCAGGAAGUUAUGGCGUUCCUCAAGCGCGACGUCGAGCAAUCAUAUUAGCGGCUGCCUCAGGAGAAAAGCUGCCUGUGUUUCCAGAACCCACACAUUGCUUUUCCUCAAUGGCCCGUCCUCUCUCUGUAUCUGUCGAUGGUAAAAAGUAUGCUUCAAAUUUUAAAAGUGUCAACUCAGCUCCUCACAGAACCGUAACCGUGCGAGAAGCCAUCUCUGACCUGCCUGCCAUAAAGAAUGGAGCGAAAGCUGACAAGAUAUCAUAUGGUGGGGAACCAAAGACAGAUUUUCAGCGAAAGAUCCGAGGGGUUAACAAGGAAGCGGUUCUUCGCGAUCACGUGUGCAAACAGAUGAAACCAUUGGUUGUAGCCAGAAUUCAACACAUCCCAAAACAGCCUGGAUCGGAUUGGAGAGAUUUACCAAAUAUAACUGUUCAACUGCCUGAUGGAAAUUCUACUGAGAUACUGCGUUACACUCAUCUCGAUAAGAAGAAUGGAAAUGGAUCAUCCGGUCAAAUUCGUGGUGUUUGUAGUUGUGCUGAGGGCGCAGGUUGCAAUCCAACGGACAAACAAUCCAAUACUCUGAUUCCGUGGAGAUUACCACACACUGGCAAUGAAAACAACCAUUGGUCAGGUGUUCUUGGACGACUGGAAUGGGAAGGCUUCUUUAGAACCACACUCACUAAUCCUGACCCAAUGGGAAAACAGGGUCGAGUCCUGCAUCCUUCGGAACAUCGAAUAGUUAGUGUGCGUGAAUGUGCUCGUUCCCAAGGCUUUCUCGAUUCCUAUCGCUUUAUUGGUAGCAUUUCCGACAAACAUAGGCAGAUAGGUAAUGCGGUUCCUCCGCCUAUGGCGAAAGCUAUAGGAUUGGAAAUCAAGAAAUGUUUAUAGAACUAUAACACCUGUCAGGAAAACUCGUGAUAUUGGUACCUGCACGUCGGCAAUUUAUCGCUCAUAUAAAAUUUUAUACCUACAUACAUGGCAUACACUUCGUGCUGUAUCAUUUUACCGAUGUAAAUUUACAAAAUCAGCUUUG